AUGUUUUUGUCUCUUCCUACGUUGACUGUUCUUAUUCCACUGGUUUCUUUAGCAGGACUGUUCUACUCAGCCUCUGUGGAAGAAAACUUCCCACAGGGCUGCACUAGCACAGCCAGCCUUUGCUUUUACAGCCUGCUCUUGCCUAUUACCAUACCAGUGUAUGUAUUCUUCCACCUUUGGACUUGGAUGGGUAUUAAACUCUUCAGGCAUAAUUGAUGCAACUAGAGUCAAUAUGCUGUAUCUGUUAAUGAUAGCUCUUGGGCAUCUAUCUCUGAAAGCUCAAAUGGAUGGAAUUUAGUUUGCGGGAAAGAGGCUUUGCUUUGUGCAUAUCAGGCUUAGGACUGUGGGAGGCUUAAGUUGCAGACGCUUCUUUUAUUGUACUCUUGUUCUGCCCUUUUUUUUUUUGAAGGCUCUGACUUACAACUGCUAUAUCAGAAGAAACAUUUUGACAGUGUCUUGUUGGAGAUGAACGUCCCUAAUUGACAUGUGAUGACUAUCUCUUACUCCGUUCAUCUAAGAGUCAUUGAAAUUUUGUUUUGCUUGUUUGUUUAGCUUCAAGGUCUUUGGUAAAGUCACAUGUUAGGGAUGACUGAAAUAAUUCCAAAGGAGUGAUGUUGGAAUAGUCCCUCUAAGGGAGAGAAAUGCAUUUGAACGAAUGUGAUAUAAAACCACAUAAUCAAAUAGAAACUUCACAUACUUACAAAAAUUGAGUUUGUAAAAUUACCUUCAUUUCUUUGACAUUAAAUGCUUAUAUUAGCAAUAAAGAUGUUGACACUUUCCUAUAAAAAAUAAA